UUCCACGGUAUGAAUUUUUAAGGGUACGUUUAAAUUUAAAUAAAAUCGCCUUUUUUCGUUUAAAAAGUACAAAUUUAACACAAAAAUAAAGUUAUGAAAAAUGAACGGAUGGCUUGAACUAGAAAGCGAUCCAGGUCUGUUCACACUUCUUGUUGAAGAUUUUGGUGUUGAGGGGGUCCAAGUAGAGGAAAUAUAUGAUCUGCAGAAACCAUUUGAAGGGCCAAUUUAUGGAUUUAUAUUUUUGUUUCGAUGGAUGGAAGAACGAAGGGCUAGGAGAAAAUUGUCCCAAGAAGAGGAAUCGGCCGUCUUUGAUGAUAAGGUCAUCAAUUCUAUGUUCUUCGCUCAGCAGGUAAUACCUAACUCUUGUGCGACUCAUGCUCUACUCAGUGUUCUCCUAAACUGCGAAAAUAAAGUAAAGUUAGGAUCCAUGUUGACGCAGUUGAAAAAAUUCACCAGCAAUAUGACCCCAGAGGAUAAAGGAUUGGCCAUUGGAAAUAUGCCCGAUUUGUCCAAAGCCCACAAUAGCCAUGCCAGGAGGGAGCCCAGUCACAUCCCUGAAAAACAGUCCGCCGUAUCCGGGGGUAGAACCCAAGAAACGUUCCACUACGUCAGUUUUGUUCCAAUAAAUGGACACCUAUUUGAGUUAGAUGGGCUCAAACCUUACCCUAUUGACCAUGGGGCCGGUGAGGAUUGGACGGAGAUGUUUAGGAGGGUGAUCACUGAGAGAUUAGGCAUUGCUGCUGGCAUAGAGCCAACCACCGACAUUCGUUUCAAUUUGAUGGCUGUUGUGCCUGAUAAGGAAAUGCUGUAUCAACAGAAGCUGAAUACCCUAAGUGCCAAUCAGAAAACGCUCUGUAGUGUUCUGGAUAAGAGGAUGAAAGCAGCUUCGUCAGCAGCACUCUCAUUCUCAUCAUCAUCAGCAGCAGCUACAGCAGCAGCAGCAGCAGCGUUAGCAUCGUCUUCCUCAUCGAUAUCUGGAUCUUUGUCAUCUGACGAGAAACCUCAGAAGAAAAUCAAACUCGAGACGCCGGUCUCUACGACGAUGAUGAUGACCAGCUGUGUGGUUUCGAUGGAUUCGCUGAUCUCCAAUGAUGAUGUCACCAUGGAUGUUGACACUGCUUGUGCCAACAACAAUAACAACAACAAUAAUAAUAAUAAUAGUGCCGGUAGUAGUAGUGAUCGUUUUGUCACUUGUAUUAAGAAAGAACUUUUGUCUCCAGAGCAACAACAACAACAACAACUCGAUGUUGUCAUCGAUGAGAACAUAAAAAUGGAGGACAGGCUGAUUUGUUUGUCUCUGGUGGAAGAUAAAAGCUCUUUGGAAGACAUAAUAGCAGAACACGAUGGCAGAAGAUCUGCCGCAGAUAAAACCUUAUCCAAUAAGGAAUUGUUAUCGGUACUGAAGAGAAUCGAAGAGGAGAUAGAAACUUACAAGAAUGCAGUCAAAGACGAGAUAGAAAAAAAGAAAAAAUACCGAAUUGACGACCGCCGGCGCACGCACAACUACGACGAGUUCAUCUGCACGUUUCUAACGAUGUUGGCCGAACAGGGCCACUUGGGUAAACUCGUAGAGGAGCACCUGGACACUAAGAAAUCUAAAUCCGGACUGUCCGUGAAUAAAUUGAAAACUUUGAAUAAGAAGAAUAAGAAGAAAACCAAGAAGAAAAGAUGAUUGACUUUUUUUAUAAUUUUUGUUUUUUUUUUAGUUUUUGUGUUUUUUAUUUCUUCUUUAUCCUAGUUAUGCUGUUAUGUUGUUGGGUUUUUAUGGUGUGUUUGUAGAGCUGGUCUUCUGUAUCUGAAUUUUUGUACAGUGCUUACAUCGUUAGCGUCGAAUUGUCUAUUUCGCGUUUGUACCUUCUUGAGUAUGUUAUAAUUGUUAAAAAAUAUUAUUUUUAGCAAUA